CCAAACCGUCAUCAAGCAACAGCAAUCCCGUGUUUGAAGAUGAAAAUACACGCCUAGGAAUAUAAUGAUGCACCUGUCACCCCUUCGAAACCCGAGAGGAGUUGCACUUCGCAAUCGAGUCAGACGAAGAGUUUUCCGUGAAGGAUUAGCAUCGUGCGAUCAUAUCGAAAGACGACGCUGCACUAGCAGGUAACCAUCAGUACCCUGCAUUUCUUGAUUACUGGUACUAUUUCGCCAGACCAAGUCGGGCGUUGGCUUUCCGGAAUGUGGCAUGUGCAUACCCGGUUAUCAAAUUGGCCAUGGUCCAUGGAUGUUUAACCGUAUUUCCUUCACUGAAUUAGAAUGAUUUAUACGCAUGACAGAGUCAAUGCAAGGAGACGGGCCCUCGAUGGAUACAUGAUGCAGAACAAUUUACGAAAACCUUGCCACUGCCAGUACAUCUGUCGUGACCGGACAAGCAACUGAGACGGGCUGUCCGGCAAAUUUUAUGCCGCGGUCACAAAUGUGCUUCUGUGCCUCGUCAUCAAGUCUGAUCCAUCUUGUUUCUUGCGAUGUCUACGAUGUGAUGGCUAUAUAAGGCCCUACGACAGCGAAAACUGAAACUGCCAGCUUACCCUUUCUUUCUUCUGCAAUCCAUGACAACACCAAUUCCUCAGCCACCUGCAAUCCCCUUCGUUGGGAACAUUACCUCUAUCGACCGUGAAGUUCCUAUCAAUGGUUUCACACUUCUCGCAAAACAAUAUGGAGAGAUUUAUCAACUGAAUAUGAUGGGGCGAACUGUUAUCUUUCUUAACUCACGCGAUUUGGUGAAUGAAGUGUCGAAUGAUUUGAAAUUCAAGAAAGUCGUCGGCGGACCUCUCAAUGAAGUCAGAAAACUUGUUGGCGAUGGUCUUUUCACGGCGCACCUGGAAGAGAAGAACUGGGCUAUUGCCCAUCGACUUCUUAUGCCAGCAUUCAGUACGUUAGCUAUUCGGGACAUGCUCGAAGAUAUGCGGGAUAUAUGCAAUCAGUUACUCCUGAAGUGGGAAAGAUUCGGACCUGAUCAUACCAUCGAUCCAUCCGAUGACUUGACUCGAGUGGCUCUGGAUACCAUUGCCCUCUGUUCCAUGUCGUACCGUUUGAAUUCUUUCUAUACCGAAAACCAAGCACAAUUUGCUGAAUCAAUGGUUGACUUUUUGAAAGAAUGUUUCCACCGCUCAAACCGACCCUAUAUAGUUCAAGCCUUGAUGACAGGCAGUAAUGCCAAAUUUGAAGGAGACAUCAAAUUCAUGGAGGAAAUCGCUCAUAAAAUCGUUCAGCAUCGCAAAGAACAUCCAAUUGAAAAGAAAGAUCUAUUGAACACUAUGUUGUUUGCGAAGGAUCAGAAGACUGGAGAAGGACUUUCUGACGAUGCGAUUGUGAAGAAUUUAUUGACGUUUCUUAUUGCUGGCCACGAGACUUCUUCAGGCAUGAUGAGCUUUAUGACUUAUUAUCUCCUCAAGAAUCCUUCAACGAUGCGCAAACUGCAAGCUGAAGUUGACGAGGUCCUCGGUGGCGAACCUGCGCAAUACCAAGAUCUCAGCAAGAUGCCGUAUCUUAUAGCUGUGAUGCGUGAAACUCUUCGCCUCUCACCGACUGCACCGAUGCGGGCCGUCACCCCCUUGGAAGAUACCACUCUUCUGAAUGGAAAAUAUGCCGUCAAGGCCGGGCAGCCUAUAUCUGUGAAUUCUUGGAUGCUACACCGAGAUCCAGCUGUCUGGGGCGAUGACGCGAACGAUUUUAGGCCCGAGCGCAUGUUGGAUGGGAAAUUCGAAACACUUCCUCCGAACUCCUGGCAGCCGUUUGGUUUUGGGAUGAGAGGCUGCAUAGGAAGACCGUUCGCAUGGCAAGAAGUUUCCCUUGUCAUGGCUUCUAUCGUCCAGAAGUUCGAUUUGGAAUUCGUUGAUCCUUCUUACAACUUGGAAUUGAAACAAGCGUUGACCGUCAAGCCGAAGGACCUCUACAUCAGAGCCCGACUUCGUACAGCAGGACCGCGAUUACUCAAAGCACCUCGUGUGCAGACCGCGAGGAGCACCUCGACUGCUUCACAACCACCUGUGUUGGCGGCAGAUGAUAAGCGUGUACCGAUGUAUAUCUUGUAUGGAUCCAAUACGGGUACAUCUGAAGCGUUUGCGCAGAGAGUUUCGAAUGAUGCUGCUAAAUACGGAUUUGUGGCCAGGCUAGGCACGAUGGACUCCUUGUCUGGGAAGCUCCCCACGGAUGGCCCAGUCGUCUUGUUUACCGCUUCAUACGAGGGUCAACCUGCCGACAAUGCAUCGCGAUUCGUCGACUGGCUCGUGAACCUUCAGGGAGAAGAGCUCAAGGGUGUCAAGUACGCUGUAUUCGGAUCUGGGAAUUCUGACUGGGUGGCAACGUACCACCGAAUCCCCAAACUUUGCGAUGAAACCAUCGAAAAGCGAGGUGGUACAAGGUUGCUACCUCGUGGUGAGGGUGACUCGGGCAAGGGCGAGUUCUUUGAAGUCUUUGACGAGUUCAUUGCUGCGAUGUGGGAUCGGUUGACGAAGGAAUAUCGUACUGUUCUCUCCACCUCCCCUGUAUCAUCUGGGUUCGAGGUGACGACCGUUGAUCCCGGGACUGGUCGUGCCGAAGCCUUGCGCCAAUCAGGUCUUGCGUUGGCGACAGUACUGGAAAAUCGACUUCUCACGAAACCUGGGCAUGGCGACAAGAGGCAUAUUGAGUUUAGGCUACCCGAGGAAGCAACCUAUCGCUCGGGUGAUUACCUUGCAAUCUUACCUCAAAAUCCUCCUGAAAGCGUUCAGCGUGCCCUUGCGUUCUUUGGUCUGUCUAGCGAGCAGCAGAUUGUCGUAUCAUCGGCUGGCCCCACGUCUCUACCUACAGAUAGACCUGUUUCCUUAUCCGAAAUUCUUGGCGGCUACGUAGAACUAUCGCAGCCCGCCACGACUCAAGACAUUCGAAAUCUGCUCGCAGUUGCCAUUUCCGACACCGCCAAGGCUUAUCUGCAAGGUCUUGUAUCCUCGUACCAGGAGAAAGUUCUCGGUUCCAGACUCAGUGUACUCGACAUCGUCGGAGAAUAUCCUAAAGACCUCAAAUUGACACUGAGCGAGUUCUUACGGAUGCUUCCUCCCAUGCGUGUCAGGCAAUACUCGAUUUCAUCCUCGCCGCUGUGGAAUGCAACACAUGCUACACUGACGAUUAGUGUCCUCGAAUCACCGUCAUUAUCGGAUGCGUCAAGGAAGUUUUUGGGCGUUGGUUCCAAUUACCUUGCGCAUCUUAAGAAAGGAGAUGUGGUUCAGAUGGCUGUCCGGCCUUCGGCGUCAUCGUUCCAUCCACCUGAGGACCCGACUACGCCGAUCAUAGCUUGUUGUGCUGGAUCUGGGUUGGCGCCGUUUCGUGGUUUUAUUCAGGAACGCGCUAUGCAAAAGACAUCCGGCCGUGAAGUUGGAAAGAUACUCUUGCUCUUUGGAUGUCGAUCUCCCGAGACUGAUUAUCUCUACUCGGACGGUAAUUUGGCUGAAUGGAUCAAGUUGGGUGUGGUGGAUGUUCGACCUGCUUUCUCGAGAGCACCAGAGAAGUCUGAAGGGUGCAAAUACGUUCAAGAUCGAUUAUGGCACGAUAAAGCAGAUGUCACGGCCCUGUUCAAAGCCAAUGCCAAUUUCUAUGUCUGUGGUUCGAGCACGAUCGCAAAAGAGUUGAAAGCCAAGUGUGUGGAGAUUAUACAGAGUUUCCGUCAGGGUAUGGGCGGGGCGGAAGCCGCAACUCGUCUCGAAGAGUUGUUGAGAGGUCGUUAUGCUACAGAUGUUUUCGAUUGAUUUUUUUCUUCUGUUCCUUGGGGUAUCAAGGACUCAGUAUGUUGUACUCUACAAUGUGGGCAUAUAUGUAUGCAUAAUCUAUUGUUACGUGAUAAGUCGUCGCUAGAACAAAAUCAAUUUUUUAAUUCC